CUUGUAAAAAUGAUCGACUAUGCUUUCAAACAAGAAUUGGCUAGAUCGCGUGAAAAUGUCGACGACCUUUUCUAUUAUGAUGGACACAAAGUUGGUCGAGGAACAUAUGGUCAUGUAUUCAAAGCACAACCCAAAGUUCCCUCAGCCAAAUAUCCGGCUAAAGAGUAUGCCUUGAAGCUUAUCGAGGGACAAGGUUUCUCAAUGUCGGCAUGCAGAGAAAUAGCUCUAUUAAGAGAACUGAAACAUCCAAACCUGAUUUGUUUACAGCGGGUAUUUCUUACAAAUGAAAAGAAGGUUUGGUUGUUACUUGACUAUGCUGAGCAUGACCUAUGGCAUAUCAUUAAAUACCAUAGAGGGGCUAAAGCGAAGAAAAUGCCGGUGAUGGUUCCAAAGGGAAUGGUGAAGAGUAUACUUUAUCAAAUUUUAGACGGUAUACAUUAUCUCCAUUCUAAUUGGGUUCUUCACCGUGAUUUGAAACCUGCAAAUAUACUAGUCAUGGGUGAUGCACCUGGCGUACAUCGUGGCAGAGUUAAAAUAGCUGAUAUGGGUUUUGCUCGUAUCUUUUACAAUCCACUGAAGCCGUUAGCGGAAUUGGAUCCUGUUGUGGUCACAUUUUGGUAUCGCGCCCCCGAGUUGUUGCUUGGUGCUAAACAUUACACUAAGGCAAUUGAUGUUUGGGCUAUUGGAUGUAUAUUUGCUGAACUACUCACAGCAGAACCAGUUUUCUUUUGUAAGGAAGAGGAUAUAAAGGCUCAGAGCCCUUAUCACUAUGAUCAGCUGAAGAGAAUUUUUACUGUCAUGGGAUAUCCUCAAGAAAGCGAAUGGACUGAUUUCAAAAAGAUGCCUGAUUAUCACAAAUUACAAACUGACAUCAAAUCAUCCCAAACCGCCUUUCCCAACUGCAGUAUGACGCGGUACAUGGAGAAGCACAAGAUCGAGUCCGAUUCUCCUCAAUUCAAGUUACUGGUGAAACUUUUAACGAUGGAUCCUAAUAAGCGAAUAUCUUGCAAGGAAGCCAUGGAGGAGCCAUAUUUCAAGAUGGAUCCAAAACCGACAGAAGAUGUCUUCUAUAAGUUUGAAAUACCAUACCCAAAACACGCUGAUAUCAAGAAAUCUCUUGCCAUGAAUAUUGUGGAUGAUCAAAACCAACAGGCUACAAAUCCUCAGGUCAAUCAAGCCAUGAAUCAACAGUUGGAUUCAGAACCAGUGAAUAAGAGGCUUCGAAUGGGCGGUCAGCAGGUAGACUUAGUUCUUUGGAGCUUCUAG